AUGAACUCCAUCACUCACGCAACGUGCAGCGCCAAAAUUUUCACCUCCCAGCCGGGAGUCAGCCACGCUGUGGAUUUCUAUGCACUUAUUCAUCGACAUGGGGGGCUGGUUCCUCCACCCAUCAAACUACUGCUGGCACCCAGCUCCCUCCCCCAAGCCCAUACGCUACUGGACCCUCAACUCCUUCAACUGGACCCUCGACUCCUUAAACCAAACCCUCACCUCCUUCAACCAACCCCUCGGCUCCCUCUGCCAAAACAACUUGACACUGGCGCUCAGUGCAGUCCCCCAGCUUACCUUCCCCCUUCACAUCACCCCCCUCCUCAUUUCACUGGCGCCGGGGGCAGUCCAGUUGAUGACCCAGAUGGUGACCUCUAUGAUGACCCUUAUGCCGAUGACAACGGCCCUCUCUGCUCCCCACCACCGGUUGCUUGA